CAUUAUGCCUGUCUAAUAACUUUUCUCUCUCAAGUUCGCUGGCUAGCACUCAACCACUCUGAAACUCGACCUUGCGAAAGUUCGCAGCCGAGGGCAGGAGUCAAUACUGGGAUAUCUCCGUCAUUGCUCAGGUUUCCUUUGAUGGCACCUUUGAGGCCACCCUUGGUCACAGCCGUAGAGUUUGAAUCAAGGACCCCCUCAAACUGCGCUUCUGGACCGCCAGGUGGAUCCGCGUCCGCGCAGCAUAUCGCAAUUCAUCAAAGCGAAAGAGCAACUACAGAUCUCCUAGAUAAACCCCCUUCCUCUUCUUCUUCUUCUUCUUAUUCUUCUUCUUCAUCAUCAUCCCGCACACCUUCACCCCCCUUAUCGGCACCGCUAAGGGAGCUGUACAUUAAGCAAUAUAACAACAGCAGUGACGGUGUCAUGCAGGGCAAAAGGCCAAAAAAUGCUUUUUUUCUCUAUAAAGAGGAUCAUUCCAAAGAGGUUAAGAAGAACUCGCCAGUCAAGAUGUCUGGUGCCGAAUUGGUGAGCGAGUUGGCCAGGCUCUGGAAUGGGGAACCAGAAAGUACAAGGCGCCAGUAUAAUGCACUUGCCGAGAGAAAUAUGGCGGAAAGUCAAGUCUACCCUCCUUACUCUUGCGGAAACAGAAAACGGAGAGAAAAGGAGAAGGAGAAGGAGAGGGAGAAGAAGAAGAAGAAGACGAAGACGAAGACGAAGGGGAAGGCGAAGGCGGCGAAGGGAAAAGAAAAAGAUAAAAAAGACUAUGAUGGCAAUAAUAACAAUGAUAAUAGUGCGUUUUUGCUGUAGAAAGAAAUAUAAUAAAAAGAAAGAUGUAAAUGCAC